UUAAUUAUCGUUGCAUUUGUGUAAUAAAAAUAUUUUGCGGUUUAUUUGUGUGUCUUUUAUCGGAUUGCUAGUAGUGGUGUUAGAAUUGCGUUUACGUAAGACGGUUAAAAAUUAUCGCGUUAUCAGUGUGAUAAGCCUGGGUUUUUAUCUCGUUCGGUCCCACUUAUCGUUGCAUUUGUGUGAUAAAAGCCCGUUUUUGAUUUUUUGCGUUCAUUCUUGUGACUUUCAUCGCGUCAGUGUGUGCUGAGUCGUGUAGUCAAGAUGUUGACUCUUAAGUCUCUCCCGAAGCUCAACGAGCUGUCCCCCUUGUUGAAGGUCGUCCCGUGUCUCCAAAGCCGGGGCUACGCCGACCAUGUUAUCCCUGACCGGCUCAAAGACAUGCCCACGCACCCCAACCCCCGUUUCUUCGACAUGGUCGAGUAUUUCUUCCACCGGUCUUGUAUCCUCGUUGAAGACAAGUUGGUGGAGGAUUUGGCCAAGGUGAAGGGGAGUCGGUUGACCCUCGACCAACGCAAGGCCAAAGUCAAGGGGAUUCUGACGCUGAUGGAGCAAUGCGACCACAUUUUGGAGGUGGCGUUCCCCAUUAGGAGGGAUAAUGGGGAGUACGAGAUUGUGAGGGGGUACCGGGCGCAGCACAGCACCCACAGGACGCCUUGCAAAGGAGGUAUCCGGUACUCGAUGGACGUGUCUCGCGACGAAGUCAAGGCCUUAUCAGCCCUAAUGACCUUCAAAUGUGCCUGCGUCGAUGUGCCCUUCGGUGGUGGCAAAGCCGGUAUUAAAAUCAACCCUAAAGAAUACACCGAACACGAACUUGAAAAAAUCACACGUCGUUUCGCUCUCGAAUUGGCGAAAAAGGGUUUUAUUGGUCCCAGUAUUGAUGUCCCCGCCCCCGAUAUGGGUACAGGAGAGAGAGAAAUGUCGUGGAUUGCCGAUACGUACUCAAAAACCAUCGGUUAUCAAGAUAUUAAUAACCACGCCUGUGUUACGGGCAAACCUAUCAAUCAGGGCGGUAUUCAUGGGCGUGUUUCGGCUACUGGGCGUGGCGUUUUUCACGGAUUGGAUAAUUUCGUCAAUGAGGCGGCGUAUAUGAGUCUGUGUGGGACCACGCCUGGAUGGGGCGGGAAGACUUUCAUCGUUCAAGGGUUCGGUAAUGUGGGGUUGCAUACUAUGAGGUAUUUGCACAGGGCCGGAGCGAGGUGUAUUGGAGUGCUGGAGCACGAUGGGUCGAUUUAUAACCCCAAUGGGCUAGACCCAAAGGAAUUGGAAGACUACAGGAUGACCAACGGAACAAUUGUGGGUUUCCCCGGUUCCAAGGCCUACGAGGGUGACAGUUUAUUGUACGAAGAGUGCGAUAUCCUGGUCCCUGCGGCCACCGAGAAGGUCAUAAACAAGGAAAAUGCUCAUAAAAUUAAGGCCAAAAUUAUCGCCGAGGCGGCUAACGGCCCCACCACUCCCGCCGCCGAUCAAAUCCUCAUUGAAAAAAAUAUUCUCGUGAUCCCCGAUUUGUACAUAAACGCUGGUGGUGUAACAGUUUCGUUCUUCGAAUGGUUGAAAAAUAUCAAUCACGUGUCCUAUGGAAGACUCACUUUCAAAUACGAGAGGGAUUCAAAUUACCACUUGUUGCAAUCGGUGCAGGAGUCCCUCGAACGCAGAUUUGGCAGUGUGGGGGGCAAAAUCCCAGUGACCCCCAGUGAGUCGUUCAGUAAGAGAAUAGCGGGGGCUUCCGAGAAGGAUAUCGUGCAUUCGGGGUUGGACUACACCAUGGAAAGAUCGGCCAAAGCGAUUAUGAAAACCGCAAUGAAGUUCAAUCUGGGCUUGGAUUUGAGAACGGCCGCUUACAUUAACUCGAUUGAAAAAAUCUUCAAUACUUACUCAGAAGCUGGACUUACCUUCUAAACCAUUAUUACGCAAAAAAAAUUUUUUUGAAAUUUGUUUACCAGUAUUUUGAUCGUGCACUUGUUCACUCAUUUUAUGUACAUAAUACUUAACGCCAAUUGUUAUUGAUUUAUUUCAAUAAAAUUUCGAUGGUUAA